AUGGCCCUGGCAGGGAAGCCUUCAGACGGGACUCUCGGCACCUCCAGACCUGACCAGUGGAAUAUGGUUUUUCCCCAGAAAGACGAAAUCAUCACCAGCUUAGUGUCUGCCUUAGACUCCAUGGUAACGGCCCCCGCCAGGCUGAACGCGGAGGUGGCCUGCAUCGCCGUCCACGAGGAGAGCGCCUUCGUCGUGGGCACCGAGAAGGGACGCGUCUUCCUCAGCGCCCGCAAGGAGCUGCAAGCCGACUUCCAGAAGUUUUGCAGAGUCCAGCAGAGGAAGGAGCAGGACGCGGGGGCGCAGAAGAAGGCAAAGGAGUGCGGGCGAAGCGUGCUCAGGGUCUCCCCGGACCAGGGAUCAGACGUGUACCUCCUCAGGAAGAUGGUAGAGGAAGUGUUUGAUGUGCUUUAUAGUGAAGCCGUGGGGAAGAGCAGCGUGGUCCCUUUGCCGUACGAGAGGCUCCUGAAAGAGCCGGGCUCGCUGGCGGUGGCUGGCUUGCCCGAGGGGAUCAGCUUUAAGAAACCCAUGGAGUACGACGUGAAGUCCCUGAUGGCCAUCCUAGAGCACAGCCACAGCAUCCGCUUCAGGCUCAAAAGGAGCAGUGUGGUGCCUGCAGAAGCUGGAGGAGAUAAGUGGGACAGUUUUAUAAAAGAAACUGAAGAUAUCAACACCCUUAGGGAGUGCGUGCAAAUUCUGUUUAACAGCAGAUAUGCUGAAGCCUUGGGCUUAGACCACAUGGUCCCCGUCCCCUACCGGAAGAUUGCCUGCGACCCCGAGGCGGUGGAAAUCAUCGGCAUCCCGGACAAAAUACCCUUCAAAAGACCUUGCACCUACGGCGUCCCCAAACUCAAGCGGAUACUGGAGGAGAGGCACCACAUCCAUUUUGUCAUCAAAAGGAUGUUUGACGAGAGAAUUUUUACAGGAAGCAAAUUUACCAAAGAUCCAACCAAGCUGGAGCCCUGCAGCCCCCCCGGGGAGAUCUCCCCCGAGCCGCACCGCGGGGCCGUGCUGGACCUGGUUGGAGUCUCCUGGUCCGAGAAGUGUAGUGUUUCUGAAAGCUGUGAACCAGGUACCUCAGGAGAGCUGGGUGGGAUCCGGCAGAUCAAAAUCGAGCCGGACGAGCUGGACAUCAUCCAGAUCACCGUGCCAGACCGAUCACCUGGUUCGGAUGAGAUGCACGACCCGGUGCCCACGCCCAUGGCCUCGGAGGAGUCGAGCUACAUCCUAGAAACAGUAGCAGCAGGGACAGAGAAGGUGUCCAGCGAGGAGUCGCGACACGAGGAAAAGCAGAUGGAGGGAUCAGAUUGUAUAGGAGAUGUUUUAAGUCAUUUGAGGAAACAAGUUGAGAUUUUGUUCAACACGAGAUACGCGAAAGCCAUAGGAAUAUCAGAGCCGGUCAAAGUUCCCUACUCCAAGUUCCUGAUGUACCCCGAGGACCUGUUUGUUGUGGGCUUGCCAGAGGGCAUCCUGCUGCGGCGUCCCAACUGCUUCGGGAUUGCGAAGCUGAAGAAGAUCCUGCAAGCGAGCAACAACAUCCAGUUUGUUAUUAAAAGACCACGAAUCCUCAUUCCUCUUAUGUCCCCUGUCUCAGCCGCCGGCGAGAGGGACUCGAGCGAGGCGCUGCUGGAGGACGCUGUGAAGAGACAGGGCUUUCAAGAAAAUUAUGAUGCCAGGCUUUCCAGAAUAGACAUCGCUAACACGCUGCGGGAACAAGUCCAGGACCUGUUCAAUAAGAAAUACGGUGAGGCCUUGGGGAUUAAAUACCCCGUGCAAGUGCCCUACAAGCGCAUCAAGAGCAACCCGGGGUCGGUGAUUAUAGAGGGGCUGCCCCCCGGGAUCCCCUUCAGGAAGCCGUGCACCUUUGGCUCGCAGAACCUGGAGAGGAUAUUGGCUGUUGCCGAUAAAAUCAAGUUCACCGUGACGAGGCCUUUUCAAGGACUCAUCCCCAAACCCGAUGAGGACGAUGCCAACAGGCUCGGGGAGAAGGUGAUUCUCCGAGAGCAAGUGAAAGAGCUUUUCAAUGAAAAAUACGGAGAGGCUCUGGGCUUGAACCGGCCCGUCAUGGUGCCCUAUAAACUCAUCAGAGACAGUCCUGAUGCUGUGGAGGUUACUGGGUUGCCGGACGAUAUCCCUUUCAGAAACCCCAAUACCUACGACAUCCAUCGGCUGGAGAAGAUCCUGAAGGCACGGGAGAACAUCCGGAUGGUGAUCAUAAACCAGCUCCAGCCGUUUGCCGAAAUCUGCACCGAGGCCAAACAAACAGAGAAAGACACCAGCGUUCCCAAACGGAAGCGGAAGAGGAUCUCCGAAGGGAACUCGGUAUCUUCCUCUUCUUCAUCUUCCUCUUCCUCCUCUUCCAAUAUGGAGUCUACAUCAUCAACAAAUCAGAUCUCACUUGUGCAAUGGCCCAUGAACAUGUACAUGUUAGACUAUGGUGGUCUAAACGUCCAGAUCCCAGGACCUAUUAACUAUUAGACCUCAAUACCGAAUAAGAACCUCAAAUGAAAGAAUAAAUAAAUAAAUGUAAUUUAUGUAAAAAGUGUAUAUUCCAAUAUGUAUCAAUGCCUUUUAGUUUUUCCAAUGAUUUUUACACUAUAUUCCUGCCAUCAAGGCCUUUUUAAAUAAAAAUAAAAAGUGUUGCCUUGCUCUUAAAA